AUAACCCGUUCUUGCCUCAGACGAACAGGCUGCAGCCAAAGAUGUCCCCGUCUGCGAUAUCAGGCCCUGCACAUCUCUUCAGGCUUGCUGGCAAGUGUUUCAGUUUUGUGGAAUCCACGUACAAGUAUGAGUUUUGUCCUUUCCAUAAUGUCACUCAGCACGAGCAGACUUUUCGAUGGAAUGCCUAUAGUGGGAUUUUAGGAAUCUGGCAUGAAUGGGAGAUUGACAACAACACAUUUGUUGGAAUGUGGAUGAGGGAAGGUGAUUCUUGUGAAACUAAGAACAGAGAGACAAAGGUUCAUCUUGUUUGUGGAAAGAGCCAUAAACUGGCUUAUGUGUCUGAGCCAAGUACUUGUGUUUACUCUCUGACAUUUGAGACUCCUCUCGUGUGCCAUCCCCACUCUCUUUUAGUUUAUCCGACUCUGACUGAAGCACUACAAAGGAAGUGGGAUGAAGCAGAGCAGCUUCUCUAUGAUGAACUAAUAACUGAGCAGGGUUACAAAAAAAGACUGAAAGAAAUUUUUGAGGAAGCAGGACUUCUAGAAGCAACAGAAGAAAAGGAAGUUGAGAAACAGAAUAAGAAAAUAACUCUGGAAUUUGAAACAGUGGAGAAGUGCAGUAAGGAAUACAAGCAACUUUCUAAAGAAAUAAAAACACUUAAAGAUUUAUUAAGUCGGCAUGGUAUUGCAUACAAAGGAAAUUCUGCUGAAAAUACCAGUGUUGAACAUGUAGCUCACAAACUGGCAACUGCAGUGACAACUGUUCUUAAUGGGUCAAAGGAUGAUGAGCACCUGCAUGGCGAUACAGGAAUCUGGAAUGCUGCCGUAUGA